AGGUAACCGCUAGCAGUGCGACUGGACUUCAAUCAUGCGCACAGCUCUGCACUCUGCGCUCUCUGACAUUAUAGUGGCGUGUUGCCUAAUAGAAACGUGAACCACGAACUUUUGCCCUCUCUUGUGUGAUGAGAAACAAAUAAAGAACCACAGAGAAGUGACCAUGUUUUCGCAAAAUCCGAUAAGUAGCCUUACUAAAUAUGUUUCGAAGCCGUCAGUCGUGGGACAGGUUGAGGUUUGUAUGGUUGAAUGUCAGUCGCCUUGCGCGGUUAGGACAGCUGUACCAGACGGACAAACCGCAGAUCAUGGGAGGGUAGCAAAUCAGGCUGAUCUGAAGGAGAAGAUGUGUCCCUGUGAGGCCUGGUGUUCCCAGAAGCGGACCUAUGAGAACCUGGCCUACGAGCCUGGGAGUCAGAGUGAGCUCUACCCCCAACCUAAGGCCCUCUCCCGGGCUGUUUUCCAGCUCUCUGGCCUCACCCCCAAGUCCUCCAUCCAGGCCAUCAAGAGCCACGUUGCUAGCCUGAAGGGAGUGGUGUCUGUCAACUUCUCUGUGGCCAGUGGCCUGGCUCAGGUGGACUAUAACGCAUCAUCUGUCUCUACCAGGGAGUUAUCUCUGGAGAUCCAGGCCAUGGGCUACGGCGUCGUGGAUGUGGCUGGGGAAGAGGUGACUAAGAUCGGGGAGACGGAGGCCACAGAGUCCCUGACGAGGAUCGGGGUGAAGGGUAUGACAUGCCAGUCUUGUGUGCGCUCCAUCGAGGGACGGAUAGGGACUCUGCCUGGAGUUCUGCACAUCAAGGUGUCUCUGAGCGAUCAAGAGGCAGUAGUACGAUUUCAGCCCCACACAGUGACAUCUGAGGAGGUAAAGGAACAGAUUGAGAACAUGGGAUUUGGUACGACUCUUACGAACAAAGACACAAGUAUAGAUUGUGGGCAAGGGGAGACACAUGUGUCAUCCUCCAUCUUGGAUUCACUGACUCAGACGUCUGUCAUUGGGAUUGUAGGGAUGACCUGUAAUUCAUGUGUCCAGUCCAUAGAGGGGAAGAUCUCUGAGAUGACUGGGGUGUGUUCUAUAGCGGUGUCAUUAAAGGAGGAACAGGGGACCGUCACCUUUGACCCCAGUCUGACUCAGCCAGAGGAAUUAAGGGCAGCCAUUGAAGACAUGGGAUUUGAUGCUUCACUCAUAGAAUCUGGUUCUGCAGAAACUCUACCAACCCCUCCCCUUCAAGGACCAAAGACUCCCCUUUCCCCCCACUUCCCCAGAAUGGCUCACAGUAGCUCUGGCUCUACCAAGACUUCCAUUAACGGUAGCUCUGGCUCUACCAAGACUUCCAUUAACGGUAGCUCUGGCUCUACCAAGACUUCCAUUAACGGUAGCUCUGGCUCUACCAAGACUUCCAUUAACGGUAGCUCUGGCUCUACCAAGACUUCCAUUAACGGUAGCUCUGGCUCUACCAAGAUGGCCACUGCCGGUGAGGAGGGGAAGGUUCAGAAGUGCUUUAUCCGUGUGACAGGCAUGACCUGUGCCUCCUGUGUGGCCAACAUUGAGAGGAACUUAGUCAAACACAGAGGUGUCAUCUCAGUGCUGGUUGCCCUCAUGGCUGGUAAGGCGGAGGUGAAGUAUGACCCUGGUAGUGUUGAUGCCAAGCGGAUAACACAGCUCAUAGAGGGUCUAGGCUUCGGUGCCACACUGAUAGAGGACAAUGCUGUUAUGGAUGGGAAACUGGACCUCUCUGUAACUGGGAUGACAUGUGCGUCGUGUGUCCAUAACAUUGAGUCCAAACUCACCAGGACCAACGGGAUUCUAGAAGCCUCAGUUGCACUGGCAACCAACAAAGCCCAGAUCAAGUUUGACCCAGAAGUUCUUGGAGCUCGUGACAUCAUCAGAAUGAUUGAGGGGCUAGGCUUUGGGGCGUCUCUAAUGAAAGCUGAAGGCUUUGGGAAAAACCUGGAUCAUGGGGAAGAGAUUCAACAGUGGAAGAACUCGUUCCUGUUCAGUCUGGUGUUUGGGGUGCCAGUGAUGGGCUUGAUGAUCUACAUGAUGGUGAUGGACAGUCAGCACGGGGAACACGGUGGCUCUAUGCCCGAGGAGCAGAACCUUCUCCCAGGCCUCUCCCUCCUCAACCUGGCCUUCUUCCUGCUCUGUACACCUGUCCAAAUCUUUGGGGGUCGUUAUUUCUACAUCCAGGCGUACCGCUCGUUGAGACACCGCACGGCUAACAUGGACGUCCUCAUCGUCCUGGCAACCUCCAUCGCCUACAUCUACUCAGUUGUGGUCCUCAUCGUGGCGAUGGCAGAGAGAGCCAAUCAGAGCCCUGUCACCUUCUUUGACACCCCGCCCAUGCUCUUCGUCUUCAUCGCCCUGGGCCGGUGGCUGGAGCACAUAGCAAAGAGCAAGACAUCUGAAGCAUUGGCCAAGCUGAUGUCACUGCAGGCUACUGAUGCCACUGUGGUCACGUUAGGUCCUGACCACUCCAUCCUCAGUGAGGAGCAGGUGUCGGUGGAGCUGGUCCAGAGAGGAGACAUAGUGAAGGUGGUACCUGGGGGAAAGUUCCCUGUGGACGGGAAGGUGAUCGAGGGAAGCUCCAUGGCAGAUGAGUCCCUCAUCACAGGUGAGCCCAUGCCUGUGAGUAAGAAGCGUGGCAGUUCAGUGAUAGCUGGCUCCAUCAACGCCCACGGAUCUCUACUGGUGCAGGCCACCCACGUAGGAGCAGACACCACCCUCUGUCAGAUAGUCAAGCUAGUGGAGGAGGCACAGACAUCCAAGGCUCCCAUCCAGCAGUUUGCAGACAGACUGAGUGGCUACUUUGUACCCUUCAUAGUCAUUGCCUCAGUGCUAACACUGCUGGUCUGGCUGGUGAUCGGCUUUGUCAACUUCCACGUUGUGAAGGAGUACUUUCCUGGUUACGAUGAGAACAUCCCCAAGACAGAUGUUAUUGUCCGCUUCGCCUUCCAGGCCUCCAUCACAGUCCUGUCCAUCGCCUGCCCCUGCUCUCUGGGCCUGGCGACCCCGACAGCUGUCAUGGUGGGCACGGGGGUCGGAGCCCAGAACGGCAUCCUCAUCAAGGGAGGCGAACCGCUGGAGAUGGCCCACAAGAUCGGUGCGGUGAUGUUUGAUAAGACGGGCACCAUCACUAACGGCGUCCCGCGGGUGACGAGGGUGUUGGUGCUGUGGGAGAGGGCACGGCUGCCCCUGCGUAAGGUCCUGGCACUGGUGGGCACAGCGGAGGCCAGCAGUGAACACCCACUGGGGAUGGCUGUGGCCAAGCACUGCAAAGAGGAGCUGGAAACAGAUGCUCUGGGUUCCUGUAAGGACUUCCAGUCAGUGCCAGGCUGUGGGAUCAGCUGUAAGGUGUCUAACAUUGAGGAGGUACUGCUGGAGGGUGACCAGGACUCCUGUCAUACCCAGGUCACACUGCAGGGGGCCACGACUGAUGAGAGCAGCCUGGUCGGCGAUACUGUGUCAGUGUCAGGUGCCUCUGCUAGCCCCUCCUAUUCGGUCCUGAUCGGGAACAGAGAGUGGAUAAGGCGGAACGGGCUUCAUGUAGGAGCUGAUGUGGAUGACGCCAUGUCCAGCCACGAGACCAAGGGGCAGACAGCCAUCCUGGUAGCUAUAGAUGGUGUACUGUGUGCCAUGCUGGCCAUAGCAGACACAGUGAAGACAGAGUCUGCCCUGGCUGUCCAUACUUUACUCAGCAUGGGGAUAGAGGUGGUCAUGAUCACUGGGGACAACAGACGUACUGCUAAGGCUAUAGCCACACAGGUGGGCAUCAGGAAGGUAUUUGCGGAGGUGCUGCCGUCCCACAAGGUGGCCAAGGUGCAGGAGCUGCAGGAGAGGGGUCUGAGGGUGGCCAUGGUGGGUGACGGGGUCAACGACUCGCCCGCCCUCGCCCGCGCCGACGUGGGCAUCGCCAUAGGGACGGGCACAGACGUGGCCAUAGAGGCAGCUGACGUGGUGCUGAUCAGGAAUGAUCUGUUAGACGUGGUGGCCUGUAUUGAACUGUCCAAGAAGACUGUUCAGAGGAUACGCAUCAACUUUGUCUUCGCUCUCAUUUACAACCUGGUAGGGAUUCCCAUCGCCGCAGGUGUGUUUCUGCCUGCUGGCCUGGUCCUACAGCCAUGGAUGGGUUCAGCAGCCAUGGCUGCUUCCUCUGUGUCUGUGGUCAUCUCUUCCCUGCUGUUAAAACUGUAUAAGAAGACAUCAAUCGAGACGUAUGAGUUCCGGGCCCAGGGGAACAUGAAGAGCCUGAGCCCCAGCCAGGUGAGCACCCACGUGGGUCUGGACGACCGGCGACGCACCCCUCCCUCCCUCCGCGGAGCCUGGGAGCGCCUGAGCCAGGGCAGCCGCCUCUCCCUGCCCAACUCCCUCUCCAGCCAGCCGGCCAGCCGAGGUCCAUCCACCCCCUCUCUCCAGGACCGCCGCUCCCUGCUGGACCACGAGAAGGAAGUGGGCCUCGUAGUGUAGCAAGGUGCCAGGUAGAGGAGAUUAUGUCGAAAGGGAAACUACCUGUCCCUAUGGAAACCGUCUGAUGGAAAGGUCCAAGGGAAACUGUCCACAUUCCUUAGUCUCAUCCUCUUCAUGUCAAUUAGAUGUAUUUUAAUAUUUGACUGAACGAUAACUGAGAAAUUAAUCAAUACCUAGAAAUUAAUCAUUCACAAACUUACUUUCUUUUAAAUCUUUCAAGACACUUUUUAUCACAAGCGAUUAAACAAUAUGGCUCUUCAGUUUACAUUAUGAAGAAAUGUUAUUCGUUGUGAACUUUUUUUAGGGGGAUUGUCAUGUGUGGUUUGCCCACCAAUCGUCUGUUUUGAGUGUGUUCUAAUGAUUAAUUUGUCUCUCCUUUGUCCCUGUAGUCCAAAUAUAUUUCAGUAAAAUCCACCAAGGUUUCUGCUUUGUA